AAACAGACACUGGACAUGUUGAUCCACAGCACCGCUCAAAGCCCGUGUGUAGCGUGUGGAAAACUUUUACACAGAAGAAGAACACGCCCGCCCACGGUCUGCUCCAGUCCUGGUUUACCCUCCGACCAAGAGGACCGGGGGAGGCGUGGCUUUAUUCAUUUCGCGCGAAAAUUUGUUUCUUCUUCCUGUGCAGUGUGCGCACUUCCGGAGAACGUUUGCAGACGGCGUCUGUGUGCUGGGGCUCUGCUCGUCCUCGUUUUGUUUUCGUGUUCGCUUGUGAGGCCAGCGGCAUGUCUCAGGCUCGGGUUACCGACUUCUACUCCCGGACGAAGAAAGCCACUGGCGGCCCAACGAAGCCGGCAGAGCCACGCAGCGCCUUCUCGUGUUCGUCGACAGUUCAUGAAGAGUUUCUCCGUGUAAUCGACGAGGCCGCGGGGCUGAACCAUGGCGCGGAGCAACCCCUCUCCAGCCCCCGCACCCCCAAGCGGGGCUCUGCUGACCUCGGAGCGACCGUGUCCGCCGCAGCCGUCGAGCACAGCACCGCCAAGAAGAGGCGGCAGGCGGAUCUCGGAGCACCGGCAGCCGCUGCAGGAGCAGAGAGGCCGGCGAGGCGGUCUGCCAGGAAGAAACUGGAGCUGCCCGCAGACACGGCACAGGUCCUGGGUAAAGAGGACAUCGCUGCUCUCAAGUCACGCCUUCUGAGGAUUAAGAAGCGUGUAGAUGAGAUCCCUGCCACUGCGUCCUCAGCUACACCCUCUCCAUCUUUAGUGCCUGACAGUAGCUCCCCUGCUGUUCCUGAAACCAUCAUUUCGGCCUCUGCUGAAGCUAAGACCCUGAAGCUCUCUGUAGCUCGGGCCAAAGAGCUUGCAGCUCAAGCUCAGAAGAGGAAGGAAGCAAAAGCAGCAGCGGAGCAUGAGCUGACUGAGACCCGUGCUCAGGACAGCACCGAGCAGCCAGCGUAUCAGCGGUACCACACUCUUGCUCAAGAUGCCCCCCCAGGCCUCUCGCUCCCCUACCAUUACAAGGUGCUGGCUGAAAUGUUCAGAAGCAUGGACACUGUGGUCGCCAUGUUGUACAACCGCUGCGAGACCGCGACCUUCCCCAAGAUCAAACGGGGAGUUCAGGACAUGAUGCACAAGCGCUUUGAAGAGAGCCACGUGGGUCAGAUAAAGACGGUGUUUCCUGAGGCCUACACGUUCCGGCAGGAGAAACACAUCCAAGCUUUCAACAGCAGCAUUAAGAAGGGAAGCUACCAGCUGACCGUGGACCCCAUCAUCGAAAAUGGCGAGGCUCGACCUGUGCUGUCAGCCUCUCGUCUCCUGGAGAGAAGACGCGUGUUCCAUAACAGCCUGCUUUCCAUUGUCAAACAGCACCACAAGGUUUUCCUGUCCUCGUUGGAUCCCCCAGUGUUGGUUCCAGAAGACAAACUGACCCGCUGGCAUCCUCGCUUUAAUGUGGACUCUGUGCCAGCCGUCCAUACGAGCGCACUGCCUCAGACUCCUCGCCCGGAGAAACUGGCCACAGCUCAGGAGGUGCUCGACAAGGCCCGCUCACUCAUCACACCGAAGAUGGAGAAGGCUCUGAUUGGGCUGGCUCUGAAGACAGAAGACAAAGCUGCUCACAAAGAGCCAACAUCCCAGGAGAACCCCACAGUCCCCCAAACAUCAGCUGUCCCAAAUGCCCUGAAAGGGGUGUCCCAGUCUCUGCUGGACCGGAUUCGGGCAAAGGAGGCACAGAAGCUCCAGGCAGUCAUGACUCGUAACAGCAAGCAGGAGGAGCGCCUGUUAAUGAUGUCACGACUUGGGGAGCUGGCACGGAUUCUCCGCAGUGUGUUUGUUGCAGAGAAGAAACCGGCUUUAACGAUGGAGGUGGCGUGUAACCGGAUGGUGGCAAGCUACAGAUCUUCUCUGAGCACAGGUGAAAUGGAGAAACACAUCCAUCUGCUGGCAGAAGUGGCUGGUGAUUGGCUGACUCUUCACACAGUGAGGAAGGACUUGUACCUGAAGCUGAAUAAGAACAUGGAGCUCAGCACUGUGACGGACACGGUGAACAGCAGACUCCGAGAGGAGGAGACUCUGAUCUGACCUUUAACGUGACCACCUCGCAGUAUUUUUAGCACGUUUCAGUGGUUGUCCGCAGGUUUUGGCACGUUCGUCUGGUUUGGAUAAUACAUGGAUGGAGUUGAAGGAGUCCUCCUGACAUGCUUGUGCUGAGUUGUUCGAAACACUGAUCCAAUUUUGUUUUUCCUUCUAUCCAAAGUGUAACACGGAUGUACUGACUUUGUUAUUAGGAACACUUUUCUAUGCAGUAAACUAUUUUGUAUUUUAGAUUCAGAGUCACUGUUUGAUGAUAAUGUUCAAGAAACACAGUGAAGCGCUGCACCCAGCUUUGUGCUGUCACGAAUGGUGGAUUGGUCAUGAGGGGAUCUUAAACAGCUCAGCAGGGUGCUGUGGGUGUUUGAUGUUCUCAUUACUGAUGCAGAAAACGGGUCCAUUCGAACAGCUGCA